GCAGAAUUGCCGGGUAUCUCCUCAGCUGUGAAAUAAGGAAAUGGUGCUGUCGCUUUCAGGCAGGAGAUGCAGAAGACAGAUGAAAAAUCACCCUGUCUUGAGAGUGAGGCCUGUAUUUGUGUAGUUCUCGCUUAAUUCUGGAUUUUGCCAUCCAAGGAUUAUCUUCCUCGGUCGUGGCAAUUUAUUAUCUGUUUGUGUUCAAUGGGGCAACGAAUUCACUUUGUGGUUGACCCUCAGGGUUGGUGCUGCAUGGGCCUAAUUAUCUUCGUCUGGCUGUACAAUACAAUCUUCAUUCCAAAGGUCAUCCUUUUUCCUCAUUAUGAAGAGGGAAAUAUUUCAGUUGUGGCAGUUUUUUGUUAUUACUUCUGCUCAUUGUUUUGUGUAGCUUCAUUAUUUAGAGCCUCAGUAGCAGAUCCAGGAAAACUACCUGAAAAUCCAAAGAUACCAAUUACAGAACGAGAACACUGGGAGUUAUGUAACAAAUGCAAUAUGAUGAGACCAAAGCGUUCACACCAUUGCAGUCGCUGUGGACAUUGUGUGAGGAGGAUGGAUCACCACUGUCCAUGGAUUAAUAAUUGUGUUGGUGAAGACAAUCACUGGCUGUUUUUACAGCUGUGUUUCUACACCCAGAUCCUUAGUUCCUAUACGCUGAUACUUGACUUCUGCCAUUACUACUACUUUUUGCCUCUGAAAAAAGACAACUGGGAUGUGUUUGUAUUUAGACACGAACUUGCUCUCCUAAGAAUAUCUGCCUUCAUGGGUCUAAUAAUAUUUGGUGGAAUAAGUCGACUCUUUUACACUCAGCUAAUGGGUAUUUUCACUGACACUACAAGUAUAGAAAAAAUGUCUAACUGUUGUGAAGACAUAUCGAGGCCCCGAAAGCCAUGGCAGCAGACCUUCUCAGAAGUUUUUGGCACUCACUGGAAGAUCCUGUGGUUUAUUCCUUUCAGGCAGCGGCAGCCACUGCGAGUUCCCUACCACUUUGCCAAUCAUGUCUAAACAGAUGGAUGGUGGGCACAGAUGGGUCCUCCAUGCUGGAAGUGCAUUACAGGUUUUAUGAUAAUAGGACUAUGACAGUCUUCAAGUCAAUUAAAAUCCAGUCGUAGGCAUCACAGUGUGCCCUGGGCAUUAUUUUAGUUAUGGUCUUGAUUUUAUUCUGAAAUUGAGGCAAGUUAAACAAUCAACUUCAGGCUUAUUUACUUUCAAACUAGCUUUCCAAAGAGUUUCCUUUUGUCUUCGAAGUUAAUACCAAAAGCAAACAAUUGGAAUGUAGUCUUCAUGCAGUUUAAUACUGGCUCUUCUUUUUUUCUUCCCUUUUUUUUUCCUUUUUUUUUUUUUUUUCUUUUUCGUUCUAUUUUAUUUUUUGUGUAGAAAGCACUGAAGUUUACAUAGAUGGUUAGAUUUCUCACUAAGUGUCUUAUUGUGCCAUGAAAUUUUUUCGGGGGUUUUUAUCAGUAGGUCUAUCUGGAUAAUAAUAAUAAUGUCUUUUUUUUCUGCUGCAUAUGUUUAAAAUUCCGUGAUUCUGCCAGUUAUUUAUGAUAUGCAAAAGUAAUCCUGCAGCACUGCACUAUAAAAGGUAACAUUGAAAGCUGGAGCAGAGUACUUCCUAAACCUUUCUCAGAGAGGUUCUGUAGAGACACACAAAUGUGUGUGUUUACAUAGAGAACAGCUUACAGUUAUCUUCUGGCUUAAAUAUGAUGUUAGUGAAAAGUGUUCAUGUCUUUAUGUCAGUGAGAGGGAUUAAAUAUUUCAGGGUAAACUAUGCAGAUACAAAGCAUGUUUUCCCUAAAUCCCAAGGAUUUGAAUCAGCAAUAAUCAACAAAGUAGUUGCAUGAUUACUUUGCAAUAAUAAUUUACUAAUUAGAAUGAUUACUUUUGAAAAAUAUAGAUGUAGUUAGUAUAAUGUGUCAUAAAGAAGAGUAUAUUGUCAAUAAAGUUAAAAAUUUUAUAUUUAAUUUUCUUUA